AUGGCAUUUCUUUCGAAGAUAAUAUGCUAUAUUCUGUUGGCCCUUAUAUUUGCGUCUGUCCUGCUUGAGGGCGCGGUGGCAGAAGAGAAGUAUCAUGGUGGCAGAGGAAGUGCAGAAUGGGGCGGUGGAGAACAAGGUAGAGGUAGAGGCAGAGGCAGAGGCGGUGAUGGAGGGAGAGGUCUGGAAGAUGGCAAUGGAGGAGGAGGAGGUGGUGGUGGUGGUCGAGGCAGCGGUGUGGAAGGUGGUGGUGGGCGUGGUGGUGAUGGAGGCGGCAGUGUGGGAGGUGGUGGUGGGCGUGGAGGAGGUGGUGGCGGUUGGGGAGGAGGUGGUGGUAGACGGGGUGGUUGGGGGACUGUCCUCAUGGGUGUGAAAGUUGUUGAGAAUGUAUUGUCUGUAAUUAUCAAAUUCGACGACUUUUGUUUGUGUCCAUUAAUUAUAAUGCGGACACCUGAAAUGGCAUGUCGCAGGAAAAUAAUAUGCUAUAUUCUGAUGGACCUUAUAUUUGCGUCGAUCCUGCUUGAGGGCGCGGUCGCGGAAGAGAGGUAUCAUGGUGGCAGAGGACGUGCAGAAUGGGAUGGUGGAGAACGAGGUCGAGGCAGAGGCAGAGGCAGAGGUGGUGGUGAUGAAAGGGGCGGUCUCCAAGAUGGCGGCGAAGGAGGUGGUGGUCGAGGUGGCGCUGUGGAAGGUGGUGAUGGAGGCGGUGGUGUGGGAGAUGGGCGUGGACGUGGUGGCCGUGGAGGAGGUGGUGGCGGUUGGGGAGGAGGUGGUGGUGGUGGUGGAGGACGGGGUGGUAGUCAUAGAAGUAAUGGAUUGGAGGUGGUAGUAGAUGUGGUGGUGGUGGCGGCAGUGUGGGAUGUGGUGGUGGGCGUGGCAGCCGUGUGGCGUGGUGGUGUGGGAGGUGGUGUUGGAUGUGGUGGUGGUGGGCAUGGUGGUGAUGGAAGCGGCAGUGUAGGAGGUUGUGGUGGAUACAAUGGUGGCGGUGGUGGAGGAGGUGGUGGUGGACAGGGUAGUUGGGGGUUGUCCUCAUGGGCAUGA